AUGGCACGCUGGUUUUUACCCGCGCUCGUGCUAGGCAUGAGCUGCUUGUGCCUGGUGAACGCACAGACCACGGGAGGCCCCACAACGGAAGAGUCGUGGACCCUGGAACCAACCGACGAAGUUUCGGACAUACCCACCACGGAAGAGCCAUGGACUCUCGAACCGACUGAUGAAGCAACGGAGCAGCCCGCCACCACCGAGGAAUCCAUCACAACCGAGGAAGAUGAGGACUGGGUUCCUACACUAUUCAUGUACAUUGAGGACCUGCGGCGCUUUACUUUAGCCCAAGCCCUGCUUCAGGCCACGGGUUUGGACGAGUUUCUUUCCUGGUCCUUCGACGACAUGAACGGCACUGUAUUUGUGCCGAAUAAUCGGGCCUUUAAUCAACUCACCUUUGAUGACUUUGUGGCUUUGAGCCAGCCAGAGCACCGUGAAGACCUUCAGGAGCUGCUCAUGUACCACGUCGUGCCAGAGCGCCUCAUGAGCGAUGAGCUGGUCGCCCUCGGCAACACGACUCUUCCAACUCUGGCUGAAAAUGCCACUCUGACCCUCGCCAGCUCUGCCGACGAUGAUGAGGUCUUUGUGAAUGAUGCCCGCGUGGUCACCGCUGACUUUGAGGCCAUCAAUGGCGUCUUGCACGAGAUUGAUCGACUCCUCGUGCCCUCGUCUAGCGCCACCUUCAAUCUGACGCUCGAAGCCAACAACACAGACGAGCGUCUCUUUAUCAAAUCUCUGGCGCUCGAUGACCCUCAUGACAUCCACCUCCACUUCUACUUCUACUUCUACUUCGACCUCUACUUCGACCUCUACUUCGACCUCUACUUCGACCUCCACUUCGACUUCCACUUCCACCUCGACCUCUACAUCAGACCUGCUAGACCCACCACAAACGGCAGCGAUACGUACAGCUUCCUACAACGGGAUGCACUGCGUCAGUUACCUGUGUCCAAGCCGUCUGUCAACACAUCCUCCAAAACGGAAUGUGUCCUCACUGCCAAGUGGCACACACGUUCCUUCCGCUCGUUCCGCUCGUUCCCGGUCCUGAAUACACCGCUAUCGCCUCUGCCCGAGAUCAUCACGCUCUAG